AAAAAAGAGAAAUGAAUACGACGAGAUGUCGUUGGGGCGACAACACUGAUCAAAACAGCUGCUGGCUGCUCUUUACUAGCUUGCAGACAGUUAGUUAAACAGAUCGCUGUAAAAUUAAGAAAAAAUAUAUCUUUAAAAAAAAUUGUACAGUUUGGAACAAGUUUUGGACAAAAUCGAGAUGAGCGUCCCUUUGAUCAACGACGAUGACCUGGAAUCUGGGAAAGACGACAUCGAAAAUGAUUUCGCCUACAGGAACAACGUCCAAGAGGCCUCCGUCAAAAUCAGACUUGCAUUCCUCAAGAAGGUUUACACCCUUUUGUCAAUCCAACUACUGACUACUACACUAUUUGGAUUUGUGCUCUUGUAUUGGCCAUCCGGAAAAUUAUUCGUCCAAAAGAAUGACUGGAUGAUAUUGCUCGCCUUCAUCUUAAGCUUGUUGACCCUUGUGGCAUUGCAUUUCAAGAGAAGGGAAUAUCCGAUCAAUUUCUUCUUGCUCGCAGGAUUUACUGUGGUGCAAGCAUAUGCUGUAGGAGUCGUGGUAACGUACUUCGAUAAGGUCCUAGUCCUUCAAGCGCUCUUGCUGACUGUGUCUGUUGUUGCCGGUCUAACAGCUUACACAUUUCAAACAAAACGUGAUUUUUCUUCUUUGGGACUUGUAUUGUUCCCGUUACUUUGUGUGCUCCUCAUUGGCGGUAUUGUACAGCUGUUUUUCCAAAACAGCAUUUUUGAACUUGUUCUCUCGAUAUCCGGUGCUUUUAUCUUCUGUUUGUUCAUAAUUUAUGACACACAGAAUAUCAUGAAGAGAGUAUCGCCUGAGGAAUAUAUAUUGGCAACAAUAGAGCUCUAUCUAGACAUUGUUAACCUGUUCUUAGAGCUUUUACGAAUUCUUGAGGCAGUCCGAAGAGGUUGAAGAAAAACUAUAUAUUAAAAACAAAAAUGAUAUUUAAAACUACUUCUAUUUAUUAUUAGAAAUAUUCAUGUCAGAUCUGUGAUUUAAAAGCUGAGUCAAAACUUUAUUUUCUUAUUUACCGUUUUCAGACAUGAUUUAGCUAACAUGUGCACAAUUAUGCAACAUUUUUAUUCAGUGUGUGAACCACGAUAAUAAAUGUUUAACCUCCCUUUGUAAAAUGUGUGGUGAUUAAUGAC